AUGGCUGGCAAGCGACAGUCGCAAGGCAAAUCGCCAUUGAAGCAAGGCAGCUUGCUGGGUUUCAUCACCCGCUCGGCAAAGCCAUCCGCCAAGUCGUCGGAGGCGACGCCGUCCAAGACGCCGCCGCCGCUUGGGGCAGAGGCAGUGAAGCGGGAGCUACCAGCCGGCAAGAAGACCAAGACACAGCAGCAGCUGUUGCAGACGCAGCCGAGCGAGGCUGGCCAGCAAGCAGAGCCACACCCGUCCAAAAAGGCCAAGAAGAUCACCGAGGCGCGUGGCGCCUCCGACGAUGGCAGCGAUGGUGACGACAGCGCAAUGACAACACCCGCCUCCGUGUGCGACACCGCAUCUCAGGAGGCCGAGGCCAGCAGCACGACUGCUGCCAAGGCAGAAGCCAAGACAGAAGCCCCCUCUUCACAGCAGAAGGCAAGCCCCGUAACCAAGCGCACCGACCAGGCUGCGCAGGAGAGCGAAGAGCCCGACCAGACUGAGAAAGACGAAGACAAGGAGGAAGAAGAGGAGGAGGAGGAAGAGGAGGAGCAGGUCAUGUACACGAGCCGUGGGCGCCGCGUGCGUCGGGUGGUCAAGUACUUUGACAGCGAUGAUGAGUCUGCGAGCAGCGAUGACGAGGAGCAAGAAGCCGUGCGACGUGCACUGCGCACCCGUCGCAAGGGCGGCGCACAGCAGCAGCAGAAGCAGCAGAAGCAGCAGAAGUUGAAGAAGAAUCAGACAAAGGGCGGUGGCAAGGGCAGACGGCGCGUGGCACGCAUGGUCAACUCUGACGAUGACGACGACUCUGAGUCUGACGAGUACGUGCCGGACGAUGCAGAUGAGGCCAUCAUGGACGAGGACGAUGACGACGAGCAGGAGAUGAUGCAGACGGCGCGCGUCAUCCAGGAGGACGAGGAGCCUGCCGUGGAGGAACCCGAGUCCGACAUUCUAAACGAGGAUGACGAAGAGGAGGAUGUCCCAACACCAAGAAAGAAGCGCAGCAAGCGCACACCAAGCAAGGCGUCUUCAUCACCCAGCCGCAGCAACAGCAGCAGCGGUGGUGGUGGUGGCGGCGGCGGUGGGCUCACGAGCGCCAGCGGGCUGUCGUUUGGAAGCAUUCCCACCGCAGGGAAGAAGCAAGGCAGCAGCAACGGCAGCCCAGAGCGGUACGCGUGGCUUGCACGUCCGCGCGACAAGAACAAGCGGACUGAGGGGCAUCCAGAGUUUGACCCAACCUCCUUGUACAUCCCACCGUCUGGCUGGGCGAAGAUGACACCGUUUGAGAAGCAGUAUUGGGACAUCAAGCAGCACCACUGGAACACAAUCCUCUUCUUCAAAAAGGGGAAGUUCUAUGAGCUGUACGAGCGAGACGCCGAGAUUGGCAACCGCGAGUUCCAGCUCAAGAUGACAGAUCGUGUCAACAUGUGCAUGGCUGGUGUCCCUGAGAUCACGUUCCCAGACUGGGCUGCCCGCUUCCUGGCCAAAGGGUACAAGGUUGCACGCGUGGACGAGCGAGAGAACGCCAUUGCAAAGAAAAUGCGCGAGACAAAGACCGGGAAGAAAGGCCCCAAGAUCAUUGAGCGGAAGUUGAGUGCGGUGUACACGCAGGGCACCCUCAUGGGCGAUUUUGUCAUCGGAGACAUGUCAAACUUCAUCAUGGCAAUCAAGGAGGAUGAGGACACCCGCACGUACGGCGUGUGCUUUGCCGACACAGCAACUGCGGAGUUCAACGUGUGUCAUUUUGUGGACGAUGCUGCCCGCACCGCAUUCGAAACGCUCAUUGUACAGGUCAUGCCCAAGGAAUUGGUCCUCCCGAAGAAAAGCCUGUCCAAGGUGCGUGUGAGGUGUUUGAGUGAAAGGCCUUGCUUGGUUGGGGGAGAGGGGAGGGGUACAAAGGGAGGGAGGAGGUUCGCUUUUUGGUCAUCGCAAAUGACCAUCGACAACCUGGAGAAGGGUACGCGUGCACGUGCAAGUGUUGAUGCAUGUUCGCCUGAGCGCUUGCGUGCGUUUCUGAGCAAAGACGAGGCCAUGUCUGCGCUGGGAGGCCUGGUGUCCUAUUUCAAGACGCUGCUCUUAGAUAAGAGCCUGUUGUCGCAGGGCACGUUUUUCUCGUAUGACCCGCUCCACCACGGCGCAACACUCGUCAUUGAUGGACAGACGCUGCAAAACCUGGACGUGCUGUGUAACAUGCAGGACGGCACCACGUCCGGCUCUCUUCUCGAGCUCCUCUGCCAAUGCCACACCGCUUUCGGAAAACGCAUGUUCCGGCGAUGGCUGUGCCAUCCUCUUCGUCGCGUGAAUGACAUCACAGAGCGCCAGAAUGCGGUUGUGGACCUGACAGAGCACGUGGACCUCCGUGACGCUCUCUCGUCCAUGCUCAAACCACUGCCGGAUCUUGAGCGUCUCCUCUCGCGUGUGCACGUCGGAAACUGCAAGCUCUCCGAUCUCAUUUCGCUUCUGGACGCAUUUGACGCCGUGAGUGGCCAGGACGAGGGCUGUGUUGGAUCGCUGUUUCCGAAUCUGAAGGCGGAGCUGAAGGCCAUUGCGAACAUCUUUGAUCGUCAAGAGGCAAAGGCCACAGACAAGCUGACGCCAAAGCCUGGGGCGCUGCCGGAAUACGACGUGGCUGUGGAUCAAAUGCAGUCCAUUGAGAAGCGUCUCAACGAGCAUCUUGCGAACGUUCGCCGCGAGUUUGGCGCCGGGAAAGCAAUUUCCUUCUGGCAGCCGAGCGCAGGGAGAGAACGUUACCAGAUCCAGGUGCGCGUGGCAAUGAAGAAAGUCCCAAGCUCGUGGAAGCUCAUGUCUUCAACCAAGGCGAACAAGCGCUAUCACAGCCCGGAGGCCGUACGUCUUGUCGCCAAGUGGCUCGAGGCUGAGGAAACCAUCUCACAGUUUCUGAAGACGUUCUUCUCACGCGUCCUCAACUCCAUCAACGAGCACCGCGAGAAAUUUGGCGCCGCGGUGUCUGCGUUGUCGCAGCUCGACUGUCUGCUGUCGCUUUACCGCGCAAAGGACAGCAUGGGGUCGCCAAUGUGCCGGCCCGUGUUUGUCAGCACAAGCGGCGACAAGGCGUCGCGUGCGGUGUUGGACUUGCGCGAAAUGCGACACCCAACACUGCAGCACUCCAGCAGCAUCACAGACUACAUUCCAAACGACACCCACCUCGGUGGGGAGGAGGCCACGACGAUGGUGCUCACUGGCCCCAAUAUGGGCGGUAAAUCCACGCUUCUGCGGCAGACGUGCAUCGCUGUCAUCAUGGCGCAGCUCGGCUGCUGGGUGCCAGCGGAGUCGUUUACGCUGACGCCGGUUGAUCGCAUCUUCACGCGCAUCGGCGCAAACGACAACAUCGUUGCCGGCCGCUCCACUUUCAUGGUUGAGUUGAAAGAGACUGCGACGAUCCUGAACAAGGCAACGUCAUCCUCCCUUGUCAUCUUGGAUGAGCUGGGGCGUGGCACCAGCACGUUUGAUGGCUACGCGAUUGCGUUUGCUGUCCUCUCCCACAUCACUGACGCAAUCAGGUGUCGUUGCAUGUUUGCAACGCACUAUCACCUGUUGACGGACGAGCUGAAGACAAACCCAAAUGUCACCAACUACAACAUGGCCUGUGUUGUUGACGACCACCAGAAGGACGUGACGUUCCUUUACAAGCUGCAGCCUGGCGUUUGCUCCAAGAGCUACGGCAUGAAUGUUGCACACAUGGCUGGCGUCAUGGACUCGAUUGUUGAGACGGCCAAGGAGAAGGCGGUGCAGUACGAAGCGACGUCGCGGUUUGGAAAGCUGCAGGACCGCAAGGCAAAGCAGCUGGCGCUUCUUCGGUUUGUGGAGACGGUGACAGCGCUGACGAGCGACGAUGGCGAUAAUGGUGAUCAGCAGCCGAGGCCGCAGGAGCGGGUAGAGCGGUUUAAGGAGGCGGUGGCAACGCUCAAGCCCAUCUUGGACAAGCUGCAGCGCGCGUCACCAGCAACGCCAACACAGACAGACCCGAUGCAGUGA